UCUUUCAACAGAAGUAUUGCAGAGUCAAUCACUCUCAGCACGUGAAUUAGUUUGAAGCUUAUCAAUUCUUUUCACAUCACUUAAUACGACUCCGUAUGGCGUGAAGAAUCUGCUCCUCUUUUGCCCUAAAGCUGAGUUAGGGUUUAAACACACAAUAGCACCCUUUUGAUUUAUGUCUCUUUGUUCUGUUUUUGUCGGUUUGUGUAACCGAUCAACUCAAGCUAUUGGCUCCCCACUCCCUGAAAUUUGACCUCUCUAUUGGAUCUCACCAAAGUUUCUCUAUAUGAAGGAAUCUCUACCCUCACAACUUCAUUAUAUUUGAACCACAAGAACAAGAACCAGUACAUGCGGUGGUAAUGGACGGCGGUUACGAUCAAUCCGGUCAAGCUUCUAGAUACUUCCAUAACCUCUUUAGGCCUGAGCUUCACCACCAGCUUCAGCCUCAGCCUCAGCCUCAACCUCAACCUCAACCUCAACCUCAACCACAACCUCAACAUCAGCCUGAGUCUGAUGAUGAAUCUGACUCCAACAACAAGUAUCCGGUUCAACCUGAUUCCGAUCAGGUUACCUCGGGCUCAACUUCCGGGAAGCGUCCACGUGGUCGUCCUCCAGGAUCUAAGAACAAGCCGAAGCCACCGGUGAUUGUGACAAAAGAUAGCCCCAACGUGCUUAGAUCUCAUGUCCUCGAAGUCUCAUCUGGAGCCGACAUAGUUGAGAGCGUCAACAACUACACUCGCCGGAGAGGGAGAGGUGUCUCCAUUCUCAGUGGUAACGGCGCGGUGGCUAACCUCACGCUCCGGCAGCCGGUGACGACUCAUGGGAACAAUGGUGGAGCCGGGGCUGGAGCCGGAGGAGGGGUUGUGACUUUACAUGGAAGGUUUGAGAUUCUUUCCAUCACUGGUACGGUGCUUCCGCCUCCCGCACCGCCGGGAUGCGGUGGUUUAUCUGUCUUUAUUGCUGGUGAACAAGGUAGGAUGAUCGGAGGAAGAGUGGUGGCUCCGCUUGUGGCUUCUGGUCCAGUGGUACUGAUGGCUGCAUCCUUCUCCAACGCAACUUUCGAAAGGCUUCCACUUGAAGAUGAAGGAGGUGAAGGUGGGGGAGACGUCGGAGGAGGAGUUCCACCGCCAGUCACUUCAGAAACACCGCCGUCUGGAGUCGCUCAGGGAGAGCUAAGAGUUAACAUGAGUGGUUAUGAUCAGUUUUCCGGUUGGGGAGCCGGAGCUGCUUCAAGACCAUCAUUUUAGAUUUGAAAAUUAUGUCCGUAAAAUAGCUGUAACCAAAAUUUCAAUUAAAAUUUAAAAAAUCAU